GGCGGGCGGCAGCGGGAGCCGGAGUUUCCCCGACAGCUGGAGGUUGCGGCGGCGGCUCCUCCUCCCCGCUCGAGCCAGGGCCCCCCGCGCUCCUCCUUAUUUACAAACACACAAAGGGCCGGGCCGGGGUCGCGUCUGCAGCCGGCAUGGGAGACAAGAAGAGCCCGACCAGGCCGAAGCGGCAGCCGAAACCCUCCUCGGACGAGGGCUACUGGGACUGCAGCGUGUGCACCUUCCGGAACAGCGCCGAGGCCUUCAAGUGCAUGAUGUGCGAUGUGAGGAAGGGCACCUCCACCCGGAAACCUCGACCUGUCUCUCAGCUGGUUGCACAACAGGUUACUCAGCAAUUUGUGCCCCCUACACAAUCAAAGAAAGAGAAAAAAGACAAAGUAGAAAAGGAAAAAAGUGAAAAGGAAACAACUAGCAAAAAGAACAGUCAUAAGAAAACCAGGCCAAGAUUGAAAAAUGUGGAUCGGAGUAGUGCCCAGCAUUUGGAAGUUACCGUUGGAGAUCUGACAGUCAUUAUUACAGACUUUAAGGAGAAAACUAAGUCACCACCUGCUUCCAGUACCGCAUCUGCAGAUCAACACAGUCAGAGUGGUUCUAGCUCUGACAAUACAGAGAGGGGAAUGUCCAGGUCAUCUUCGCCCAGAGGAGAAGCCUCAUCGUUGAAUGGAGAAUCUCAUUAAAGUUUAUUUUCUCCAGUUUCUUUAGUCUCUUCUCUUCAAAACAUGCAAAUACACAACUUCUGCCAACAGCUACCACAUUUUCAUGACAGAUUAUCCAUGCACAAUUGAUAUGUUUACUGGAACAUAAUUUAUGCAGUUUUACAAAAGUGAAGUGAAGCAGUAGAAAUAAUAAUUUAAAUGCAAUCUACAAAUGCCUACAAAGCAUUUUCAGACUAACUUUUUAAUCUUCACAUUUAAAGGUGCCAUGAAAAUGUGGUUUGAAUGUUCAUUAUGCAGUGUUAUUGGUAAGUCCAUUUUCACUUUUAGUUUAGUGAAUUCUAACACAACUCUUGGAGUCUCUACUAUUGGCAUGUACUGAAUUAAAAUUUUUAUAACAUAGUUCAAGCUGCCUAAAUAUGUAUUAUUUGAGAAUUGUGAAACAUAGUUAUAUGUAUGCAAAUCAAAGAUCAACUUAAUCAACUAUUGCUGCAACAGAAUUUUCAUAAUUAUUAUCUUCUUAAAAACACCUGCUGGUACUUGGUGUGCUUAAAUAGGAAAAAAUGUUAUUAAAUAAAACAUUUGUAUGAAUUUUUGCCAAUGUUUGACAUCGUUUACUAAAUUACUGUUACUGAAUUAUGUUGCUGGUUUUACCAAUAUUUUCCUCACACUUAAAACACUUCUUGUAAUGUUUACGAACAAAAAGAGUGAACAUACUAUGAGCAUUGGUUAUUUAGCUUUAUAAUUCAGAUACAGUACUACAUUGUCAUUAGACACUGAUAGUCUAUGUUCUAUAACCCGAUAUCAAAUCUCAAAUGACUAAGCAUUUGGCAAAAAGUAAAUUUUUAAAAUCUGAAAUUCUGGAAAAGCUUUAAAAAUAACUUUUUAGUACAGUUUUCAUUUCUGCUUAGCAUUAUUUCCUUGCCCCAAACUUGCCCAGUGUCAUAGUCGCAUAUCAGUGUAGUACAAAAAUACUAUGUUGCACAGGAGUAAGGAAAUAAGGAAUACUGUCACAUUUUGUUCUUAGAUCAGCUUCUUUGAUUUUGAAUUGGCCCUUUAUUAAAUACUGUAGCAUCAGUCAUAAAUGCAGUACCCUAUUUUCUGGCAUAAACUGUCAACAUUUAUGCAUUUAGCAAUAUACUGAUACAGAGCAAAAAUAUUUACAGUCCCACCCGGUAUUAUGUAAAAUAACCAAUAAAAUAUUUUUAUGAAUACAGAUUUCGCAUUUUUGUUUACAACUAGGUGUUGGGUUUUUUUUAUGCACAAAAAAAUCCAUAUAUAGAUUUAAAUUAUAGGGUCAGAUUCAAUACAAAAAUGCAUCUGGCUCCUGUCCAAAGGAAGCCCAUUCACAUCCCAGUAAUUCUCUCUUCUCUUUGUGUCUCAUUCAAAAUAUGUAUUUUUGGGCCAAUGUGAAAGUGGGAUGGACUUUUUUUGGUAGUGAAUCCAGCCCUAAAAUAUCUUCAUAUGAUGCAUCCUGAUAACAGCUAAAAUAAUGGAUUUUUGUAGACCCUGAUAAUUGUGAUGUUUGGUGGUUUCUUGUAGUAAUGUAUCUUUCUGUUUUUUAAUGCAGUACUUCUACAGGCACAAUGGUACUGUCUAUUUUGUAAGAUGCGAGUUGUGAAAUACAGUUAGUUGCAUAAAAUGAAAGUCUGAUGUGAUAUCUAAAAACUUACAUACCUCAUUCCUUGGUGUUACUGUUAAACUUUAAAAAUCCAAUGUUAAUUAUAGGUUAUUUCAAAUGGACAACUACUGACCUGGUUAAAAUGUAUUAUGCUUUACCUUACUAAACAUUUCUUCAUUCCAAUUUUCUGAUCAUAUUUUAAUACCUUUUAAAACAUUGCAUUUUAAGUUUCAUAAAUGUUUUUGGCUGGGAUGGGGCUAGAUGUUCAAGUAAUGAAUGUUAAUUCUUACAAAGAAAGAUACAUUCUGAGUUUUACUUUUUACAAUUUGCUAGGUGGAAACUAAAUGGAAAAGAGUAUACUGAGUUAAUGGAUUACAAGAGAGCUGAAUCUGUUUAAAGUAAGCAAUAUAAUGAUAGUGAAUCUCAAUGCAAGAUCCUUUAUGAAAUGUUUCAAUUUUAAAACAAAAUGAAUAUUAACAUAUUUCAGUACUCUUUGCAAACAUCAAAUAGUGAUCUAAUACCUAUAGUUCACUAAGUCAGAACCUUAUUAUUAAAUUUAGUAUAGGUUGACCAUUCAGCACCUGCAACAAGUGUCUUUUCUGUCUAGAGAAGUAGGCAGUCAUUGAUUUAUUUAUUUAGUUAAUUUGCAUGGAAUUGACUACUAAGAGGUAUAAUCUAAUAUCAAAUGAAAGCAAUCCUUAGUAUCUACAAGAGAAAUUUUAAAGUGUGGUUAUUAUCAGAAAAGUGAUUGUAAAAAGAAUGUCACUGGAUUGCUCGUUUUUACUCAAGAAUUUCUAUAUCAAAUAUACUCCAUUUAUGUAAAAUUGCCAGCACUACAUACUCCUCCUAGAGUUUGUAAUUAAGUUGUAGUAUUGGGGUGAUGUAAGAGGUGUAAAGAACAAUGAUAAUGUAACCAAACGUUAGCUUGCCAUUCCUGUAGAUGCAUGAAACACAUCAGAAUUUUUGCUCUUCUAUAGCGAAAGUGGUGUGACAGUGCUGAUGCCAGAGUUUAAAAAAAAUAAUCAGCGAAGUAAGGAGAUCUGACUCUCUACUCAUAACAUUAUAACUAUACUUUAAACCAGCCUCACUUCCAUAAUCUCUGAAGAAGUUUUCAGUUGGUUUAUACCAAGUCCUUUCUUCAACUCUGUAAAUUCAUAAAAAAGGUCUACUCUAUCUUUACUCAGUUUGUAGAAUGUAAAAACCUAACACUGUAACUCAUUGUUAGUUAUUUUUCUUUUACUGUUCUCUGCAUAAUAACUGAUCAUCUGUUACAUUCUAAGUCUGCACCAACCUUCAUCAGCCGAGCAUUUUGCGUGGUUACAUGAGAUGAUCCAACAAAGAUGAAUGUGAUGAUGCUCCAUGUAAAUAAGUUCCUUUGUGCAUUGAUUGUCCACUGUUUCAAAAACAAAAAUAAUAAGAUGCAGUUAAUUCACUGUAAAGGUGUAAAAUAAUUCAAUGUUUUGUCAUCCUGUUUUUUGCCACUAAUUAUAGCUGGCAUAAGGAAAUACUGAAAUAUACAAUAGUAAGGUGUGA